AUGGAGGCAUUGUUGUCAUAUUUUGCUACGGAGCUUCUAAGCUUCUCGUGUAUAUGCUAAAAAUAUUAUACAUUUGUCUUUGAAGUGUUGCAAUUAACCAUGAUAUUUGUCUUAGGGAUACGUUAGAAAGGAGAAAACAAAGAAGGAAGUUUUGUUGAACAACUAAUUGUGAUAUCAAAAUGGAUGACUCCGAAAGAUCUCAGGAAUUGCUCGACAGUGUAGAUAUUUCUCAAUUAAGGACAGAUGUGGUUAAAUUAAGCUCAGCAGAACCAACCAUUAAAGUAGAUGUAGAUGGGGAACCUCCACCUGAACUUAUGAACUCCCAGUAUAUAAAUAUUCAUAGAGUACCUGAAACUCUGGGAAAAACCUUAGUGGACUGUGGAUCUCCAGCACAGCAAGCUUUAAUUAGUGGGGAACUUAUAGGACAUCAUAUUGUGCAUGGGGGUAUGGUUGUGGAUAUGAUGGUCCCACCACCAGUGACAACAGCAGAUUUCACUCAGCACACUGCCCUAGAUCGUGCAACUCUCCCCCAGUAUAUACCUGAACAUUACGAUGCUGAGGAUGACAUACUCUCACAUGAAUUAACUGAAGAGGAUCGAAGACUGGCAGCUGCUUUGGUGGCGGUGCAGAUAGUUCAGCAAGAAAAGCAGCAACAACAUCCAUCUGUUGUAUCAUCUGAAGCAAAUGUUAUAGUAAGUCCAAAUGGAUUGCCAGGGCUUAUUACUAGCUCUGGUCACUUAUCAGGGAAGGUGCAGGUUCCUGUAUCCAUUUCUGACCAUCAUAUGACCACUAUGUCACCAAUGUCUCCCUCAGCUGGUGUACCUGAAGAAAAACAGGGAAUGGCUGCCAUGGUGAGUAGCUAUAUUCAAGCUGUGGAAGAAGAAGCUGUUGUAGGUGUAGGACACCUUGACCAACAAGGGGAUCGCAUUUUAAAAAUGUAUCAGCCUGGUCCCCCAGCUCCCCAAGCACAAGAACUACGCCUGCCCCCUCUGCCGCCAUUAAAAAAGGUGCUAUCAAGUCAGUCCAUGGCAGUUCGCAGCAGGUAUGUUCGCCCACAUGCUGUAAAUGUUCACGAUCCUUCUGAUGUGGGCUUAGGAGAGCCACGGCUAACCCCUCCAGAGCAACAGUCCCAGACUUUGGAUGGUUCUAGUGUUAGAGUAGGAGAAGCCUCUCGCUUGCCUGAGCCGGAUGAGUUGCUCAAAGAAGAAUUUGAUGUUAAAAGUGAAGGUAUUGACGAUGAACUAGGGGAGGAGAGUGAUGACAUGCCUCAAGAUGAUAAUGAUUCAGAUUAUGAUGUGGAGAAUGAUCUCAGGCCUUCCAGGAAAAGUUUGCCGCACAAGAAACGCAUUCCUCGAAAAUUGAAAAAUCCUAAGAAAUCUUCUCCUUCCAGAAGUGGGGAAAAAUCAUACAACACAAAAUUCUGGAAGUGUACUAAGUGUGGUGAACAAUUCAUUAGCCAGUCAUUAUUAGCAUCUCAUAAACUGACACAUGUCAGUGGCAAAAGAAUGUUUAAUUGUGAAUUGUGUGGUAAGGGGUUUGCAAAUCAGCUCAAGUUUUUUGAGCAUUUAAAAUCUCACUAUGAACCAUCUGUAGGAUCAGUUGUAAGUGAACAGUCUGGAUCUAAAAAUUUAAGUGUAAAAGAUAAAAUAAUUCCUAAAGAGGAAGUGGGAUUGAAGCAGGAAGUUGACAAACAAAUUGUAGAAUGUCAGGAUUCCAUGGUAGCACUUCCUCCUCCUCUAGUGUGUAACCAGUGUGGCAAAACAUUUAGGCGACAAAAGGCCUUUGAGUCUCAUGUGAAUCUUGCUCAUCCAAAGCAAGAAGAAAUAGAAGAAUUCAGUGAGCCAGAAGACCUCAUGGAAGGGAUUCAGGUGUCUGUAGAUGGAGCAGAUGGUGAUACAGAUGAUGGUGAUAUGGACUGUUUGACAUCUUCAUCUAUUGUUCGUGGCUUAAAAAACAAUAAUGAUAAAGAUUGGUAUAGGGAAGAAGACCUUCAUGCAGCUGAGGCUGAUAUCCAAGAAAUGGAACAGCAGCAGCAGCAACAACAACAACAUCAACACACGGCAGAGCACGAUAAUGUUUGUGAAUUGUGUGGUGAAUUGUUUGAAGAUAAAGGUCAAUUUGAUCAACAUUUACGUGAAGAACACCUUGAGUUUAUAGAUCCUUCUGUGAAGGACUUUCAUCCUGAUCCAGAUGUUAAAGAUGAUGCUGUAAAUCCAGUUAAAAGACGUGUGAUUGGGAAGAAAUCACGUCGUUCUGGAGUACACUUGACAUGUCCCCAGUGUGGUCGGAUGUUCAAUCAUCGAAAUUCUUUAGUAUAUCACUUACGAAGUCACUCAGGGGAGAGACCCCAUCAGUGUGAAGUGUGUGGCAAAAGUUUUUUCGCAGCAAGUGCUCUCAAGGUGCAUAUGAGAUUACACUCUGGUGAUAAACCAUACAAGUGUGAGUUUUGUGGUCGAUAUUUCCGACAAUAUGGUGACUUGAAGUACCAUUGUACAUCUAUUCACUCAGAAGAGAAAAACUAUCAGUGUGAAUACUGUGGGAAAGAUUUUGCACGAAAGUACUCUCUCAUAGUUCACCGUAGAAUCCAUACUGGUGAGAAAAAUUACAAAUGUGAAUUCUGUGGGAAGAGCUUUCGGGCAUCAUCGUAUCUUCAAAAUCAUCGUAGAAUUCACACUGGUGAAAAGCCACAUCCUUGUGAAGUAUGUGGAAAACCAUUCCGUGUUCGUUCAGACAUGAAGCGGCACCUAAACACACACAAUAGGGAUAGACAUAGAAGCAAUGGGUCUACUGUAAACACUGCCACAAAUGGGGGAAACAGUAAUAGUAAUAGCAAUAGUGGAAUGAGUGAAUGCCCAUCAUUAAGGGCUAUGUUGCAAGACACUGGGAAACUAAAAGCAGAACCAGACGAGGAACAGAUGGACCCUAGUUCUCUGCAACCAACUCACACCAUCAGUGUGGACCAACCUAUGACUGAAAUGUCAGUGGCUGACAUCUCCAUGCAGAAUGGAGGUCCCGAAAGCAUCCUUCCAGAUGAGGCCCUGGGCGAGCAGCAGCCCAUCAACUUAAAUAUUGCCGUCCCUGCUCCCCCAGGCACCCCUCGACAGGCAACAACUCAUCACCAACUUACUGCAGCACAAGCUGUGCCAGAGGAGGUUCUGCACUAUUCCAGGGAUCCUUUGGAAUCUGUUAGAGAUGGUAACAACACGCUAUACGUAUGGCCUAUAUACAUGGCAUAGUUAUGCUAAUCGAUGAUUCUUUGAGUGGCCAAAGCCCAUGCCUCAUUGCCAUGAAUGUAAUAAACAGUAUUGCUAAAAAUAUUUGUAAUAUAAAAAUAGGAAAUACAAGUGUCUAAUGUAUUAAGAUUGUACAUUAAAUGGUCUAUUUUGUACAGGCUGUAAUUCAUAUGUAGUCUAUACAAAGUGUUUCAUGUGGAGCCCAUAUGUACAGCUCAUGAGAAGAAGCCUGAAUCAUUUGAACACUCAGGCAUAGUUUCUGUCGUUCUGAGGUAAUUGAGGCAAUAAUUCAGUGAUCAAAAUAAUAUUCAUCUUUUUGUUUAAUUAGUAUUCAGCAUUAGUGUACUGAUCAAUAUUCCUUAUCUCUGACCCAUGUACAAAGCUGCAGAAAAAAUUGUAACUAGCUUGUGGUUUUUGUACCCUGUUUACCUCUUGUUCUUUUACUCUGUUUUGCUGAUUUUAUGUAAAAGGAGUGCUAUUUCAUUAUUAAAUAUGCAAAUUUGUACCAUAAUUGAAAGUUUCAAAGUCUUCCUAAGUUCUCCAGUUUUAAGAGUGGAAAUAAAUAUUGUAUAGUGUAUUGUAAUAAGAAAGGAAUACUCAUUUUGAAGCAAUGAUAAUGAAGACUAAAGCACAGUCAGUUGUAUAUUUGCAAGCGUAAGACUUAUUGUCUCGUAGAUAAAUAGUAGUUUUCAUAAACUUACCAGACCAUUGGAGAAUGUACAUAAUAUUUUUUACAAGAGUUCGAUUACUAUACAAGCCUAGGCAAUAGAUAGUACUGAGCUACUGUUGUGAGAGUAAAGAGAAAUUUGUUGUGGGAUGGCAACUACAUAUUUGGUACAUAAAAUGUUUUAUAAGUAGCUCUUGUAGUUUAUUUUAAAUAGUAAAAUUAGUUUUAAGACCAUACAAUGUAAGUUUUGUUUUGCUUGCAAGUCUUAUAAAUUGUGAUUUUACAUAAUUAACCAUCCCUUUUUGUAUAUCUGAGACUGAAACCACUGAUUUUGUCAGUGGUGCUGUGAGUGCUAUAUGCAUAUUUUCAUUGUUAAAGGAGGGCUUCUGUAUAUGCAAUAAGUAAUUAAUGAUCCAUAUAUUGUUUGUGUACUUUCCUGCUCUUCCCACUUUUUGAUCAAAUGCCUUAAAUCAGAGGUUCCCAGAUGUUAAGUUCUAUAUUAAUAAACAUCAAAUACAUUUUGAACAUGAUGUACCUGUGACUUAAUUUUUUGUGAGAAUUUUUCUUAACCAUUAUCUUUCUUUCAUCUUACAAGACAUGGAUUGGGAACCUCUGCCAUAAAUGAUAGAUAAUAUAUAUUAUAUAUUUGAAGUAUGACAGAUAAGUGUGAAUGACAUUGACUUGACUCUCUUGAGUGCUAAGUGUCUGGAAUGGGUCUGUAGGGCUGAUGCCUGGAAAUGCUCACAAAAUUUUUGUAGCGUCAUUGAUAACUUGGCAGCUGUCAUAGUAUAUAACAGUUGUUCUAAUCAGAAAGAGAAGAUGCCUCUGGCCUCAAAUGUUUUAAAGUGAUAGCCAGCUUUUCCAGGACCAUAAAAUCCAAAUAUUAUUUUUAAGACUGGAGAAAAAUUUAAUUAUGAAGACAUUAACAGUAACGUUAAUGAGGUAUAUUGAAAUCGUCGCAUUAUUUGUAAAACUACCUUCAACAUUUAUUGAAGGUUAUAACUUUUCAGAACUAAUGUCAUUGAAUUAUUUAAGUAAGAAAGAGCAUUUCAUGCUAUUUAGUUUUCCAGUCCAGCACAUCAGAUGCAUUUAUAAUCCCCUUUAAUUUACUUUUAUUAUAGGUAGUAAAGAACUAAUUUAAAAUGUACUCUUUGAUCCAAAAUAUACACUCACAAGCAGAAGCUAAGAGUGAAUUCUGUUAAAAAAAAUAAUCCUUUCUCUGAAGCUAAUGUUCAUUAUUAAAUUUCAUUAUCUCUACAUCAAGUUCCUUUGCUUACAAAUGUACCAUUUUAUUGUGUUGUGAAAGCUAAAUAUUUAAGGUACCCUGUUAGACAAUCCAAAAUCAAUUAAGGAAGAGCGUCAAACAGAGCAUACUGUUCUUAGCAGCAUACUCCAUUGGAUGUAUUUGUGUGAUGGAAAGUUCAACCAAUCGGAAAAAAGUUUAGUUAUUAAUAAUGGCUGUCGUUAAGAAUAUGGCCUAGUAUUCUAUGGAAAGAAUUGAGAUGACUUCAGUUUUGGAUUUUGUUCAUGUUUGAAUUGUUAGUGGAGUUUAUCUAGCCAUCUUGAUAACGUUGAGAAGUUUCAACAGGUUCAAAGUAUCAAACAUAUAUUUUGACAUAAGGCAAAUGUUGCUUCCUGCCUCAAAUUGUCUUUAGUUUAAGCUAUUGCUGUAAACCACAAGCUUCACUGCUGUUGUUUAGUAAUAUUCCAGUUUGUUCAGUUAUUGAUUGAUUUCUUAAACUGUCAAAGAAUUAUGUGCAGUGAGUGAUUAUUAAAAGAAGUAUACUUUUGAUUCCCACUUUGUUUUAGAUUCAUAUAUCAAAGAAAAGGUUUUGUGAUUUUAUUUAUUUUUGUUUUUAAAUGUUUGUUGUACAGCAUGACCUAUUUUAUUUUAAUUUCCAUAAUUAAUGGAAAUCAAACAUGAGUCUGUUGCAUGUCAAAAACAUCACAUUGAUGAAACCAUGGUGAUUUGCACACUCGCACAUUUUUAAAGGCUGUUCCUUAUAUUGUCUUAUUUCUCUCUGUGCCCAGUGUUUUAUCUCUUAUUAGAGUUUACUUAUUUGUGUAUUUACACAUCUUGAACGUGUUCUCAAUUAUUGGUCAUAUUUUGAUUAAAAUGUAUUUAUAUUUUUUUAUAAUUGUUCAGAGUUGUGUUGUGUCCAAACACACUGAAUUUUUUCGUCAGUGUUUUUGGGGACAUUUCCUACUGCAGCAAGCCUGGUGGAAACUAACAGUGGCAUAGAAAGAGUAUUAUAUUACCGCUGUGAAUCACAGAGAUGGGAUGAUUGGCCAGGUUGGAUGUGGAAACAACUUUUGUAUCGAAGAAUAUAUUAAAUAUAUCUUCUAUAAAAAUGUAUACAUUUUAUUCAUUUGCCCUUUCUUAGUAACUAAAC